UGACAGCGCGCAACGAUGAAGUAGCACUGGAGGUCCCUUGGAAAAUGAGGCCAGGGUCCCUGCUCCAGCUCACUCUGCUGCUCGCCCUGCCCAGGAGCCUGUGGGGCAGAGGGUGUACUUCUCCACCCUGCGAAUGCCACCAGGAGGACGACUUCAGAGUCACCUGCAAGGAACUCCACCGAAUCCCCAGCCUACCGCCCAGCACCCAGACUCUGAAGCUCAUCGAGACUCACCUGAAGACCAUUCCCAGUCUUGCCUUUUCGAGCCUGCCCAAUAUUUCCAGGAUCUAUCUAUCCAUAGAUGCCACUCUGCAGCGACUGGAGCCACAUUCUUUCUACAAUUUGAGUAAAAUGACUCACAUAGAAAUCCGGAACACCAGAAGCUUGACUUACAUAGACCCUGAUGCCUUAACAGAGCUCCCCUUGCUCAAGUUUCUUGGAAUUUUCAAUACUGGACUUAGAAUAUUCCCUGACUUGACCAAAAUUUAUUCCACGGAUGUGUUCUUUAUACUAGAAAUCACAGACAACCCUUACAUGACGUCAGUCCCUGAAAACGCAUUCCAGGGACUAUGCAAUGAAACCUUGACCCUGAAACUAUACAACAAUGGAUUUACUUCAAUCCAAGGACAUGCUUUCAAUGGAACAAAGCUGGAUGCUGUUUACCUAAACAAGAAUAAAUAUCUGACAGCUAUAGACAAAGAUGCCUUUGGAGGAGUAUACAGUGGACCCACUUUGCUAGACGUGUCUUCCACCAGCGUUACUGCUCUUCCUUCCAAAGGCCUGGAGCACCUCAAAGAGCUGAUCGCGAAGAACACCUGGACUCUCAAAAAGCUCCCCCUGUCCUUGAGCUUCCUCCACCUCACUCGGGCUGACCUCUCUUACCCAAGUCACUGCUGUGCUUUUAAGAACCAGAAGAAAAUCAGGGGAAUCCUAGAGUCUUUGAUGUGUAAUGAGAGUAGUAUCCGGAACCUGCGUCAAAGAAAGUCAGUGAACGUCAUGAGGGGUCCCGUCUACCAGGAAUAUGAAGAAGGUCUGGGUGACAACCAUGUUGGGUACAAACAAAACUCCAAGUUCCAGGAGGGCCCGAGCAACUCUCACUAUUACGUCUUCUUUGAAGAACAAGAGGACGAGAUCAUCGGUUUCGGCCAAGAGCUCAAAAAUCCUCAGGAAGAGACUCUCCAAGCCUUCGACAGCCACUAUGACUACACUGUGUGUGGGGACAACGAGGACAUGGUGUGUACCCCCAAGUCAGACGAGUUUAACCCCUGUGAAGAUAUCAUGGGCUACAAGUUCCUGAGAAUCGUGGUAUGGUUUGUCAGUCUGAUGGCUCUCCUGGGCAACGUCUUUGUCCUGUUCGUCCUGCUUACUAGCCACUACAAACUGACCGUGCCACGCUUCCUGAUGUGCAACCUGGCCUUUGCAGAUUUCUGCAUGGGGGUUUACCUGCUUCUCAUUGCCUCCGUAGACCUGUACACACACACUGAGUACUACAACCACGCCAUUGACUGGCAGACGGGCCCUGGAUGCAACACGGCUGGUUUCUUCACUGUUUUUGCCAGCGAGUUAUCAGUGUACACACUGACGGUCAUCACCCUGGAGCGAUGGUAUGCCAUCACCUUCGCCAUGCGCCUGGAUAGGAAGAUCCGCCUCAGGCACGCUUAUACCAUCAUGGCGGGGGGGUGGGUUUCCUGCUUCCUUCUCGCCUUGCUCCCAAUGGUGGGAAUAAGCAGCUACGCCAAGGUCAGCAUCUGCCUGCCGAUGGACACAGACACCCCUCUUGCCCUGGCGUACAUCGCCCUUGUUCUCCUGCUCAACGUUGUUGCCUUUGUUAUUGUCUGCUCCUGCUAUGUGAAGAUUUACAUCACCGUCCGAAAUCCCCAGUACAACCCUCGAGAUAAAGACACCAAGAUUGCCAAGAGGAUGGCCGUGUUGAUCUUCACUGACUUCAUGUGCAUGGCGCCCAUCUCCUUCUAUGCCCUGUCAGCGCUUAUGAACAAGCCUCUGAUCACUGUCACUAACUCCAAAAUCUUGUUGGUUCUCUUCUACCCACUCAACUCCUGUGCUAACCCAUUUCUCUAUGCCAUUUUCACCAAGGCCUUCCAGAGGGAUGUGUUCAUCCUACUCAGCAAGUUUGGCCUCUGCAAACACCAGGCCCAAGCCUAUCAGGCCCAGAGAGUCUGUCCCAACAACAACACUGGUAUUCAGAUCCAAAAGAUCCCCCAGGACACAAGGCAGAGUCUCCCCAAUGUGCAAGAUACCUAUGAACCGCUUGGAAGCUCCCACCUGACUCCGAAACUACAGGGACGGAUCUCAGAAGAGUACACGCAAACAGCCCUGUAAAGGAAGGCUACGCUAGUCAUGGUGGGACUUACAAAAGGCUGGUUUCUAGAACAUGCACUCCAGUUCCAGGACACGUGAAUGCCUAGGUCCACGGGGUCAGAGUUCAUCUCUAGGGAGUAUUGCCUCCAAGAAGGGAGAGAAGCUAUCGGCGUGACUGAGUCCUAGGUGAUCUAAAAGUCGUCCAAUCUCUCUGGAAGAUUUGCUCGAUGCUUGCCUGUGAUGCCGGGCAACGCGCUCCACUGAUAACCAGCUGGACUGUUCCCACAGCUCUCUACUCCAUUCUACGGAGUGUUUUAUAUGAAAGAUUCAGCAAGUGGCCAGUGUUCAUUUACGCGAGCAGCUCCACAUUAGCUCCCCUGAGGUAACCAAAGAAAGUCUUUGUUCCUUAAAAAUAAAAUGCCAUACUUGGGAGGUGGAGGCAGGGGGACCCAGUUCAUACUUAACUACCCAGAAAAUUCCAAGCCAACCUAUGCUCCAACAAUAGCACUGGUAUUCAGAUCCAAAAGAUCCCCCAGGACGCAAGGCAGAGUCCUUCUCCAUCUCAAGAGACCAAAAGAACCCUGAAACGCCAAACAUAACUUGAUGUCACAUAAUUGCUUUUAUUAAACUGAAAAAAGAGAAAGUCUAGUUUUGAGAGUUCUUUUUUUCCUUUGACUCUGAAACAGUUAUCUCUUCACCGGGCUCGAUGAGCUCGAUGUAACCCAGCUGUUACACAUUGGCUAGAGAAACUGCUAAGAUUUCAGCUUUUGUGGCUGAGCGAACUAAGAAUUAUCUUCUCGGACAAGACAUGAGCCCUGGGAGAGAUUUCUAAGGAGCAUAUGGUGAGGACAGGGCGCACUUAGUCACCUGUUGAAUAAGACAACUAUACCCCAGUUAACCGUCAGGCUUUGAGCAAGUCCCUGGACCUCUAAAUUCUGUAGAAAUGGGGAGACUUGAUGCCCUCUCCUACUUAAAAAAAACCCUCAGUAUAUCUCUCCCUCAAAAGAUAUGUGUCUGUGACAAAGAGAAAAAAGCAUUACUUAAGUGGAAUCUAAUUUUUUUUUUCUACCUUGUGAGGCUGCUGGCUGCUUCUUUUUGGAACCGGGACAUGUGACCGAAAACACUUUUUCUUUAUUUCAUUUUGAUCAUUGCGUCUGAGCCAAUACUAUUGAGUGGCUAUACGGAGCCAGAUCUUAAUUAUUCAUCUAAUUAUUAUAUCUGUACUGCUCUCAAGUCCAAAACAUAACAGAACUUAGAGAAUCUGUUACUAAUACAGCCUGGCUUGGUAGUGUACGCCUUUAAUCUCAGCACUGGGGAGGCAGAGGCUGAAUUUGAGGCCAGCCUGGUCCAAGACAGCCAGGUCUACACAGAGAAACCCUGUUUCAAAGAAAACAAAACAAAAUAGACUAAUAAUGGAGUUAACACGUGACUGUGUAGGCUCACUUCAAAACAUCUUUUUCUUUUACUUUUUUUUAUAGCUCUCUGGGCUCACACCACACUAACACUGUCAAGAGAGAAGUCGUUUCACCCGACACUGCCAGUUCCUUCUAUCCCUGCCAGUCACAUGAGACAUGUGUGCCCUGAUAGUAGCCUUGCUUCCAACAGGAACUGUACCUACAGGUGUUCCUUCUAGGUUGCCUGUCUGGUUAGCUCCUUACCAUAUUGUUACGGUGUCCCCCCAAGCAGAUCUGCCAUUUGCUUCUCAGUACUCAUGAACCAAACAGGAAAGAUAAGGGUUUUGCCACCUUAAGUCUGUGAAGUAGGGUUUAUGGGUCACCUGACAUGGCUCCUAUCUGACUGGCCUGGAACUCUGUCACAGUCACGUAAGUGUAGGCUUUCCCAGGUGCUCGCUUGUAACUACUGAAAUAAAUAAAUGUGGUGCCCUGAGGCAUCCGUUUCUCUCUUACGUCACUUUUGGAAUGUCACAUCUGGACAGAUAAAAUAUUUCAUCUCGAGUAGCCGAUCUAAUGCUUUGAAAACCAAGUCCUAGAAGAGUGACUUCGACAAAAUUGCUAGUAAAAUUCAACUUGACAGCAUGAAGUAAAGUUUCCUCCUGUAGUGAGAUAUAUAGUAUUUUUUUUUAAUUUGUCAAUUUCUUUUGAGGUUAACCUUGUAUGUGCAUGUGUUAAAAGCAAAAAGGGAACAUCUGCUGUGGCACUCAGGAGAGUAGGCCCUGCCCCUCCCCUUGGUCAUACAAUAGAUCUGACCCCGGAUGUGGGAGUUGCAGGUGAGCUGGCCCGGAGGACAUGAAUUCAGAAGAGCGGGCCCUGCCCUUUGCCUUCUGUGCAUGCAGUGGCAUAGACUAGGGAAAGAUGUCCUUCUCCCCUCUCUUAUUACUUGUCACCUAUGGCAGGCAGGAGAGCUGUCCCCAAAGACAUGAGAGCAGGGGUAUGGCCCUGUCCCUCACUAUCUGCAACACUCUGGAGAGCAGGCCCUACACCUUGCCUGGGCAGCAGGGUAGAGCUGGCCCUGGUUAUGGGAGUCACUGGUGAGCCAGUUCUGAAGGCAGGAGAACCAGUGGACUGACCAGCUCAGAUACCACUCAGCCCCAGAUCCAGGGCUUUAAAUUGGCUCACUCUAACAUCUACCCAUCAGUGAACUACUGGAGUACAUGAAGCAGGCAGUCCUACAGAUCCAAAACUACACACAGGAUCUCCAUGAUGCACGACAACAACAGGAUAUCCAAGAAGAGCCCUGGUGAGGUUCCAGCAUUGAUGGUGGAGCAGAAGGCAGAGGGCUUAUACCAGAACAAGGACUCGCUGCAAUGAACAUUUGCAAGCAAAAGAAGUGUGGACAAAAGGGUAUACUGGACACUACAGCAUCUGCAGUGAGGUUUUGUCCCUCUGUUGGGGACAGGUUGCAUGCGUGGAGGAUGGAUAUGAGGGGGGAAGAUGAGUGGGAUUGGGGUACAGGGUGUAAAGUUCACAAAGAAUCAAUAAAAAAUUUU